AUGGCUUCAAACGAUGAAGAUGAGGUAGAGGGGGCUUGGUAUUUUGGAUCAAAUGCAUACCAUUCACAGUCAAGCUCCAGUUCUGACGAGGAACCACAAGAAAUUGAUGCACAACAAAUAGAACAGCAAGAUCAACGUAAAACAAGGCUUACGAACGAGUUGAGGCAUCUCAUUUUACAUGAAAUGUUGUCACUUAAAGUAAGUGACUCACUCCCACAUGGUACAUUCGUACGAAUAGCAAACAAAUACGGUUACACACCAAGAUCAAUUCGAAACUUAUGGAAACGUGCAAUUGAAACCAAAGAAGAAAACAAGCCUUAUGUUGUCGAUUCAAAGUACAAGAAUUGUGGAAGAAAAAGAGUUCAAGUGCCACCAAACGUACUUGAAUCAAAACCAAUGGGUGAACGUACAUGCAUAAGAGAUUUUGCAACAUGCUUAAACUUGGCACCAACAACGGUUUGGCGAUUGAUACGAAGGGGGGAGAUUAAGGCACAUUCAAAUCCAUUACACCCUUAUUUAACAGAUGCAAACAAGGCAAGAAGGGUUGAGUGGAUUUUAAGUCUCAUUCAAGAAGAUACAAUUCAUCAUCAUCCAAUGUAUAAAGGUAUGUAUGACUUCAUACAUAUUGAUGAAAAAUGGUUUUACUUAACCAAGAAGACACAAAGAGUUUAUCUAGCACACAAAGAAAAUAUUCCAUAUAGGGCGGGAAAUUCAUCAAAAUUCAUUCCAAAAGCUAUAUUUUUAGGGGCGGUUGCAAGGCCUAGAUGGAAUCAAUAUGGCCAAUGCACAUUUGAUGGGAAAAUCGGAAUUUUCCCUUUCAUAAGUAGGGUUACGAAACCUUGA